AGUCAAAGGAGACUAGAAAAAGUCAAAAUUGAGACUAUUGUUCAUCAUCAUGUGUCCUGUUCCUCUACAUUCUGCAGCAGUAAACACUUGCAUUGACGCAGAGUCUGGCAAAACAAACUGCCGAUUUUGAAAUCACGCUUCAAGAAUUUCACCGGAGAAGCACACACCAAUUUGGGAUAAUCUGAUUGUCAAACAAUAUUUAUUUGCAACAGAAACUUUUUGCGGAGAUUUGGCGAAUUCGAGGUCUAGUUUAGAUUUUAUAAUGGAAGCAAAUGAAAGAGUGGAAGAUGAAGAAGAAAAACAAGAAUUAUGGAGUUGGGGAGCAGGUACAGAUGGACAGUUAGGAACCGGCAAGCUGCAAGAUGAACACGUUCCGCAACUUCUCCCGGUUCUCCCUUCGUUAUCGCUUCUUUCUUGUGGUGGAGCUCAUGUCAUCGCUCUCACUCACGGCAAAAAGGUGUUGACUUGGGGAAGAGGCACAUCUGGUCAACUUGGCCAUGGAGAUCUGGUCAACAGCUUAGAACCAAAAUCAGUAGAAGUUUUAAAUAAUUUCAAUAUAACCCAUGCAUCAGCUGGAUGGAACCACUCCGGUUUUGUUUCAGAAUGUGGGUACCUUUUUACUUGUGGAGAUGGAUCGUUUGGUCAGCUUGGGCAUGGUGAUUACGUGUCACAAAGUUAUCCGGUAAAAGUGUCACAUUUGGCGUCGAGGCAUGUUUGCGAAAUCGCGUGUGGGAUGCGCCAUUCACUAGCCUUGUUAAAAGGUGAACAUGGAGACCAAGUAUAUGGUUUUGGAUCCGGGAAGCGUGGUCAACUCGGAAUAUCUAAAGAAAAAGUCAAAUCUGUAAGUCUUCCACAGAGUGUUUCCGGACUGCAGGAAGUCGAUGUUAGUAGUAUCAGUGCAAAUGGAGAUCAUAGUGCAGCAUUAUCUUCUGACGCGCAUUUAUACACUUGGGGAAGAGGUUUUGGUGGUACUCCAGAUGUGUGUUGUCCCAAUCGUGUGAUUUCACGCUACUCAUUUAAGCAGGCUGCCUUAGGGUGGAAUCAUGCGUUACUUUUAACAGACGAAGGAGACAUUCUUAUGCUUGGGGGGAGCCAUCAUGGGGUUCUUAGCAAUCCUCAGAAGGAAAUCUCGGUCAACCAGGAUUUAGAUCAAGGCCAAGUAAAGGAAAUCCCUGGACUGGAUAGGAUAAAAGUUGCGGGAAUUGCAUCAGGAUCAGAACACUCGGUCAUCACUACAGAAAAUGGAGUAAUAAUGACAUGGGGAUGGGGCGAACACGGUCAGCUUGGUUUAGGAGACACAUGUGAUCACACUUGUCCUCAGGUUGUAAACAUGGCCCAAGAUGCGGCACACGAAUAUACAACCUCAAGAGUCUACUGUGGAAGUGGUUUUACUUUUGUUGUUCGGGCUUGGAGGCCCAGAUAGAUAGGCUCACAAAUGCAUUCGGGUGAAGCUUGGAAGUGUCCAGUGAUAUCAUUAGUAAAUUAUGGGCGGCUGAAAACAGCUGCAGACUUCUAUUCUCUCUCGUUCUCUCGAGAAAUAACAAUGUACUUUACUGGAUGCAUUAGUUUUAUAAAUGUUAGUUUUGACCACAAGAAUGUGGUAAAAGAUGGGGGUGUGGAUUGAAUAAAGAAGGGAAGGGUAAUGACAUAUGGCGGCGAUAGGAAACGUGGUGUUGGUUGUUGAUGGCGGUGAAUGGCGGGACAAGGCUUGAGGUAUACUGGCUGCAAAUGGUAGAUGUUUGGUAUUCUAAUCCUUAAACCAAUUUACAUCUUAAACUAUUAUGACUACCAAUCAUGAUAGUGAAUUCAUUUACACUGUUUUAAGUAUUGUACAAGUUUGUGACAUUAUAUUUUAAGGCAUAUGUGUAGCUAAUAGCAUCAAAUAGUUCUUAAUAAUCUUACAUGAAUGAUAAAUGUCUUGCUUCAAA